AUGUGCUAUUUGAGUGAGUGGCCCAAAUCCUUUCUGAAAGCAUUUAUCCGGCACUACAGCCACUACCAGGUGGAUUUUCUGAUUGAAAAUGAUGCCGAGAAGGACUAUCUCUAUGAUGUGCUACGGAUGUACCACCAGACCAUGGACGUGGCUGUGCUGGUGGGAGAUCUGAAGCUAGUCAUCAAUGAGCCCAGCCGCCUGCCGCUGUUUGAUGCCAUCCGGCCCCUGAUUCCACUGAAGCACCAAGUGGAGUACGACCAGCUGACCCCCCGGCGCUCCAGAAAGCUGAAGGAGGUGCGUCUGGACCGGCUGCACCCCGAAGGCCUGGGUCUCAGUGUGCGUGGUGGCCUUGAGUUUGGCUGUGGUCUCUUCAUCUCUCACCUCAUCAAAGGUGGUCAGGCAGACAACAUCGGACUCCAGGUAGGGGACGAGAUUGUCCGAAUCAAUGGGUACUCCAUCUCCUCCUGCACGCACGAGGAGGUCAUCAACCUCAUCCGCACCAAGAAGACCGUGUCCAUCAAAGUGAGACACAUUGGCCUGAUCCCAGUGAAGAGCUCUCCUGAUGAGCCUCUCAAAUGGCAGUAUGUGGAUCAGUUUGUGUCAGAAUCUGGGGGCGGGCAGGGGACCUUGGGCUUCUCUGGGAGUCGGGAGAAUAAGGAGAAGAAGGUCUUCAUCAGCUUGGUGGGCUCCCGGGGCCUAGGCUGCAGCAUUUCCAGCGGCCCCGUCCAGAAACCGGGUAUCUUCAUCAGCCAUGUGAAGCCUGGCUCCCUGUCUGCUGAGGUUGGGUUGGAGACAGGGGACCAGAUUGUUGAAGUCAAUGGCAUCGACUUCUCCAACUUGGACCACAAGGAGGCCGUGAAUGUACUGAAGAGUAGCCGCAGCCUGACCAUCUCCAUCGUAACUGGAGCAGGCCGGGAGCUGUUCAUGACCGACCGGGAGCGGCUGGCAGAGGUGCGGCAGCGUGAACUACAGCGACAGGAGCUUCUGAUGCAGAAAAAGCUGGCAAUGGAGUCCAACAAGAUCCUCCAGGAGCAGCAGGAGAUGGAGCGACAAAGGAAAAAGGAAAUUGCCCAGAAGGCAGCAGAGGAGAAUGAGAGAUACCGGAAGGAGAUGGAACAGAUUGUAGAGGAUGAAGAGAAGUUUAGGAAGCAGUGGGAAGAAGAUUGGGGCUCAAAGGAACCGCUCCUCCUGCCCAAAACCGUCACUCCAGAGGUGCACCCGAUACCCCUUCGAAAGCCAAAGUCCUUUGGAUGGUUUUAUCGUUACGAUGGCAAAUUCCCGACCAUCAGAAAGAGAGGAAAAGAUAAGAAGAAAGCCAAGUAUGACAGCCUGCAGGAGUUGAGAAAGAAUAAGAAAGAACUGGAGUUUGAGCAAAAGCUUUACAAAGAGAAAGAGGAGAUGCUGGAAAAGGAAAAGCAGCUAAAGAUCAACCGUCUGGCCCAAGAGGUAUCGGAGACAGAACGGGAAGACCUUGAGGAAUCGGAAAAGAUUCAGUAUUGGGUGGAAAGGCUCUGUCAGACGCGCCUUGAGCAGAUUUCCUCUGCUGAUAAUGAGAUUCCAGAGAUGACCACAGGGCCCCCACCACCUCCACCUUCCAUGUCACCACUCGUCCCACCCCUGAGACGCUUCGCAGGUGGGCUGCACCUCCACACCACUGAUCUGGACGACAUCCCCUUGGACAUGUUCUACUACCCCCCCAAGCCUCCCUCUGCCUUACCUGUGAUGCCCCUCCCUCCACCCUCCAACACACCCACCAAGGUCCCUGCACCCCCUGUCCUUCCCGCAUCAGGCCGAGUGAGUGCCUCAUCCUCACCCUGGGUGCAACGCACUCCACCCCCCAUUCCUAUCCCUCCCCCACCAUCCAUUCCCACCCAAGACCUCACUCCCACCCGCCCACUGCCCUCGGCCCUGGAAGAGGCACUGGGCAACCACUCCUUCCGUGUUGGGGACACAAGCAAUCCCACAGAGGACUGGGAGGCAAAGAACCAUGGUGGGAAACCUACCAACUCUCCCAUCCCUGAGCGGAGCUUCCCGCCCACCCCAAAGACAUUUUGCCCAAGCCCACAGCCCCCACGAGGCCCUGGAGUGUCCACCAUCUCCAAGCCUGUCAUGGUCCAUCAGGAAGCCAACUUCAUCUACAGGCCCGCUGUGAAAUCCGAGGUCCUGCCGCAGGAAAUGUUGAAGAGGAUGGUGGUUUAUCAGACGGCAUUCAGACAAGACUUCCGGAAAUAUGAGGAAGGCUUUGACCCCUACUCGAUGUUCACCCCAGAACAGAUCAUUGGGAAGGAUGUCCGACUCCUGCGCAUAAAGAAGGAGGGAUCCUUGGACCUGGCCUUGGAAGGUGGCGUGGACUCCCCUAUCGGGAAGGUGGUUGUCUCGGCUGUUUACGAAGGGGGGGCUGCUGAGCGGCAUGGUGGCAUUGUAAAAGGGGACGAGAUCAUGGCAAUCAAUGGCAAGAUUGUGACUGACUACACUCUGGCGGAGGCAGAGGCUGCCCUACAGAAAGCCUGGAGUCAGGGAGACUGGAUCGAUCUUGUUGUUGCCGUCUGUCCUCCCAAGGAGUACGACGAUGAGCUGUAA